GUAUAGUCUAUAGACACACAAAGGAAUACGAAUUAAACUUAGACAUUAAUUAUUUCAUCUAAAGGAAGAUUACAUUUGUGUUGCUAGUAGCUCCUCCAUCGUCUCAAAGUCACACAAUAUGACGAUUGUGGAAAUGAGAGUGCACAUGGAUUGUCAAGGAUGCGAAAGCAAAAUAAGGAAGGCUCUCAAGAAGCUUCAUGGAGUGGACAACAUUGACAUAGACAUGAACAUGCAAAAGGUGACAGUAACAGGGUGGGCAGAUCAGAAAAAAAUCCUCAAAACAGUGAGAAAAACUGGAAAGAGAGCUGAACUAUGGCCAUAUCCAUACAAUCCUGAAUACCAUAACUACAUGCACCAUUAUUAUUAUGAUACAUUCUACAGCAGGCCGGGCACUUACUAUGCCCCGCCUUCUUCCUACAACUACCGUGUGCAUGGCUACAAUGGCCAUGCUCACGGUUCCUAUGCAGAGCUACCUUACAAUACCAUUUUCGAUGAACGAACCAGGCACAUGUUUAGUGAUGACAAUGCAACUGGUUGUUCUAUAAUGUGAUUUGAAGUAAAAUUAAAUAUGCUCA